AUGUUGCAGAGAACAACAAACCCAAGCCAGAGAGCUUUUUCGUUACCUAGAUUCGUCGAUUGUAAGAGAUCCGGAGAGGGAGGGGUGAAUAUUCCAAAAAUAUCGGGCCUGAAAUUUAACCCAAGCUCAUCUCUAUUCUCUGCAAGAAGCGCCACUACUCCCAUCACCAUAUUCAAACCACUUAACCCACUCCAUGGGGCCCAAUCCCGGACCCGCCUUCCUAAGUCGUCGCCCAAUUCUCUCCAAAUCAUCGCCCAGUCGCCUCCGUCUGUGACCGCUGUGCCUUCAUCCGCCACCGCCGGCACCUCCAGUAUUGAUCUUAAGCUCAACAAGUAUAGUUCCCGCGUUACGGAGCCCAAGUCCCAGGGCGGGUCCCAAGCCGUACUCCAUGGCGUUGGUUUAUCCGAGGAGGACAUGUCGAAGCCCCAGAUCGGUAUCUCAUCGGUGUUGUAUGAGGGCAAUACCUGCAAUAUGCUUCUUUUGAGUCUAUCGGAGGCGGUGAAGCUGGGGAUGCGGGAGGCUGGCUUUGUUGGGUUCAGGUUCAACACUGUGGGAGUUAGUGAUGCCAUUUCGAUGGGGACUAGAGAUGCCAGACACAAUUAUCGCAAUGGGGCAGCUCAAUCGGCCAAGCAUCAUGAUCUACGGUGGAACCAUCAAGCCAGGUCAUUUUAGAGGCAAUACUUAUGAUAUUGUGUCUGCAUUCCAGACUUCAGUUGCAACUCAUCGAGGAACCAAGCUUAAGCCAUCCCGAAAAUUAUAGUUGGUGGAAGAAGUUUACUCUGGGGAAUUCUAAAACUAUUUCGUCUCCAUUUCAUUAUGCGGCAAUAAGCCACUUCUCUAUGCCUGUGAAACGUACAAAGGAAUUGAGAGUAUUGACCGGGUGGAAGUACUACUUGAGCCUAUACCUUGAGUUAGCUGACAUUAGUUUGCCAUUGAUAAAGGUUGUUAUUGGCAAAAUCAGCGAUGCCAUUUCAUUCUUUUUAGUUUGCUUGAUUGGGAGAUCGCUGGGGCUAAUUUACACUGGAAUUAGGCAGUCCUUGCGAUGGAAGUGAUUUGUAAAUGGUACUUUUUGUUGCAUGUUCCUCUUUCAUCAUUUGUGUAAUAUAAUGGUAGUUCAUCAGAAUAGUGUGUUUUGAUUUUAAACUAUCAGUGCCUUGGCCUUCUUCCAUUUUGCCAGGGCUGAUUUCGUCUUGUUGUGGAUUCAUUGCCUCACAAAUUUGAGAAUACAAAUUUAGCUCUCAGCUUCUUGUGUCUAAUUGUCGAUAUACAAGCAGUCACAGAAGUGCAUCUGAUGAUGUAUGCUUGAGCUUGUCUGCUGUCUCUCGUCAGUCUAUCUUUGACAUCCAUACACACAAGUUUCUUCUAUUUCUUUUGGUGGUUGGCAUUGCCUGUUUUUUUCCACUUUUUCGCACAUGAAGUAUGACACCACAACUUAGUCAGUGUCGAGUUUGUUCCAUGUUUGCAUGGUUACAGAUUUACUGCACAUUGGGUGCUGCUUAAACUAUUUUGCUUUGGACGUUCAUAAUUCAAGGUUUGCAGGGAAGGGGAAGGGAAAGAGGGUCUGUGCUUUCCUAUAUAUUUGAAUGUGAGUUGAUGAAUGGUGAUGAAUCAAUAGAUGAAACAGAUUGGUGAUCUCCUAGUCCGAGAGAGCAUGCUGAUCAGAGGACCAUACUUAUUCACCUGUUGAAGUUAAAGGCAAAAUACUUCUUCCUCCUAGCAACCAGGUAUCGUAUAACCAACCAUUUUAGAAUGUUUAUCAUCUUUGCACAUGUACCAUAAGUUUAAUUUAUGCAAGUUAUUGACUGUGUGGACACAAACGUGAGAAAGUGACGGUCACAGAAGAGAGAAAUACAAUCCUUUUCAAAAGACCCAUAAAGCAAAAGUGGUACAUUUAAGAAGAUAAUCCUUGUGCCCGACCAUCUUUACAAUAUUUAUCUCUUUUGUUAGAAACUUCUGAUUGUAAAUCAAUUCAUGGUGUUCCCUGCCCAACUUUUGUAAAAGCACUCUAGGUUUCCCACUUUGAAACUUCACCUCUUACCUAAUCCAAUUUGAGGACCCAGGUGGUAAAAUUGGGUUUGUAAUAGAUAUGCACAGUUGCACCUGUAGAUAUGGGAUUUAGAAAUUGGAAGAGCAUGAAAUCACAUUUUAUCUUACUCUGGGUAAUUUGAAAUCAUUUUUUAUCAUGAUCCAACUUUUUGACUGUCAUUUGACUUGUUAUAAGUUGAUAACAACAUUGCUACAAGGUUGAUUGGGAGGAAAGCAUCAUUGUCCAAUUUAUUUCCUAUGCAAUUAUGGUUCUCUUAUAAUUGGAUAAUUAUUGAUGGCAAUAGGUAUAGCGUUUUUUUUUUUUUUUUUUUUGGUCUUUAGUGCAUUAUUCUUUUGCCUAGUGAAAGCAACCUUGUGAGAUCAGUCCAGCAUAUGUAACUGUAGGGAUUUCAGUGCCAUGAUGAAUCAUUCAGUGUUGGUAAUUUCAUUAUUGAAGAAAAUUAAAGGAGCCAAAAGAAAAGGUGAUCUUGCUUUUUA